AUGCGCACAUUCCCAUUGCCUGCAGUCUCAGUGCCACUUCGCAUGGAGCCAAUGUCCAUGGGUCUCUGCUUCUGCGCUAAGAGCUACGGCAUGGUCUACGGUCGUACAUCGAAGGGGCCAGUUGGACACUUCGUGGGAUACGGGGUGCUCGAGGACUUUAGCAGGGGGAAGUCGGGAACUGGCCUAUCUGACAGGUGUCCAGACAAGCUUUAG